UUGAGCAGCAGCACGGUGCCUGAGAGGCGGUAGCUAGCUGUGUAAAGAGCAUUGCGAGUCAAGCUGCUCCUACUUGGUUGCUAAAUUUAAAAUAGUGUUGGUUCUUCGAGAUGGAUAUGAAGAAGAGAAUUCAUCUAGAACUUCGAAAUCGAACUCCAUCAGACGUUAAAGAACUUGUUCUAGACAACUGUCGUUCCAAUGAAGGUAAAAUCGAGGGCCUUACAGAUGAAUUUGAAGAACUGGAAUUCUUAAGUACAAUCAACGUAGGCCUAACGUCAGUUGCAAAUUUGCCUAGGUUAAACAAACUUAAAAAGCUUGAGCUCAGUGAUAACAGAAUCUCAGGGGGACUUGAAGUGCUGGCGGAAAAAUGUCCAAAUCUUACACACCUCAAUCUCAGCGGUAACAAAAUCAAAGACCUCAGCACAAUAGAACCUCUGAAAAAGUUGGAAGGCCUGAAAAGUUUAGACUUGUUCAACUGUGAGGUGACAAACCUGAACGACUACAGAGAAAAUGUGUUCAAGUUGCUUCCCCAGUUGACGUACCUUGAUGGGUAUGACAAAGAAGAUAAAGAAGCACCAGACUCUGACACAGAGGCCUACGUCGAGGGUCUGGAUGACGAUGAUGACGACGACGAGGAUGAUGUAGAGGAGGAAGAGUAUGAUGAAGAUGCUGCUCCUGGAGAGGAGGAGGAAGAAGAGGUAGAGGGGGAAGAGGAUGAGGAAGAAGGAGAAGAGGAUGAUGAAAUUAGUGGAGAGGAGGAGGAGGAGGAAGAGGUGAAUGAUGGCGAAGAGGAUGAUGACGACUACGAGGAGGAAAGGGGUCAGAAAAGGAAAAGAGAAGCAGAUGAGGAAGGGGAAGAUGAAGAUUAAAAUGACCCACUCAGCCCUUGUUGUGAUCUGACUGUUUUAACCCUGUAUUUCCCUUGUAUUAUUUUGUCAAGAUGUCAUGUUGCAUUGGGAAUGGGAGGUGUAAACUAGGUUUGGUGUGGGGGACAAGGGAUGGGGAUAUUGUAAUUUUAUUUUCUCCCCUUUGUUACCAUUUUCUCAACAUUUUGUUUACUUUAAAAUACAGAAAAUAUAGUAAUUUCUUGAUGUCUAAAAAGACAGUAGUUCAUCCAUUGCAAGGUUUUGACCCUCCCCUUAAUGUUAAUGCCUAAUUGUGUAUACAGGUUGCUGAUGACUCGUGUGUUUAAAGAAAAAAAUGAAGAUAUACCAAAAACCUUUUAGAGAGCAUGUGUGGAUUUUCUUUAUGUUGACUACUGGUUUUCAAGAAUUGCCUAUACAGACCUACCUUUUAUUUUCUUUCGUUUUAGUGUAAAAUGUGCUUAUGUGAUGUCAUCGGUAUGUAUGUGUGAGAGUGUGUAUGCCUGUGUGUGCUGUUAAGGCAUGGAGAAGAAUGCAUCAUUCUGUCAUUUUGGAACCUGCACAUAAAUUGUCUCAAUGUGAUAUAAUUUCUGUAUGUUCUGUUAGAGAAUGUCUGCCAUUAUCAGGAAAUUGAUUUUCUUCUGCUUGAAUAGUUCGGAUAUUACGUGUUCUCUGUAAAUAGUGACCAAAUCUUUUUUUCUAUACUUUUUUGAUAAUGGCAGACAUUUUCAUAAUUAGUUUGUUGUACCAAAUUAACUGUAAUAAAAUGAAAUUUGAAA